AUGGCUUUGGACAUGGCGCUUGCGGAUGUGGAGCGCCUUCUCUCUGGGCCUGUGAAAGGCGAAGUCAAAGGCAUUCUAGCCCACGCGGAUGAACAAGGAGUUCCUGAAGUGGUCGGUGACCAAUAUCCUAUGGGAUUGGCUGCACUCCUGCCUUUUGGCUGGCUAUGGUUGGUCGCACA